UUAAAUAAAUUUUUAGAAAAUUUCCAAAAAGAAAUCGAAGAAUUUUUAAACAAAUCCCAAGAAAAUAUGUUUAAACCAAUCCUCGAAACAAUGUUAAAUGAGAUCAAGUUAUUGAAUGAUAUUAGUGAUGAUUCUAAAGUUAUUGAAAGAUAUGAAAGAUUAUCUAAAAUGAUGAAACAAUUUAAAACAAGUAUCCAAGAAAUUAUGAUUGAUCAGCUGUCAGAGAGGCGUGAUAUCAAAGUUAUUGAAGCUAUCAAACAACCUUUAACAACUCUGGAAACCAACAUUGAAACAUUAAAAGCAUCCAUUCAAGAUGUGGCUGAAAAACCGUUUUCAACAACAAUGGGAUUGGUUGAAUCAAUCGCUGAAAUUAAAGAAGUAUUGUUGGAAGUUGAAGAAGUUAUAAUAACAACCGGAAAAAUUGAAGAUAUUUCUUUAGAAAAUAUGGAAGUUGUAAAGUAUUUGGAUGAACCUCUGCAAAAAUUAUCAAUCGCAAUAGGUAAUAUAAAGAUUGUUGAACAGAAACCGGUUAUAAAAGAUCUAGAUAAAGCGAUGAUCUUAAAAACAGUUGGAGCAUUAAAAACUUCCAUUGAAAUGGUAAUUCAAAAAGUUGAAGUUCAACAUUUUGAAGUUAUCAUUAAAAAACUUGAACCUUUAAAAGCAACGAUUGAACAAUUUGAAGAUGUUAUAAAAGAGGAUAUGGGUGUAAGAAAAGAUGAUGUAUUUACCACAAAUAUGUUAAAGAUAACAGAAGAAAUAUUGAAAGAACUUGAAAAGAUUUAUGAAAAAAUUAAAAUUUCAAAUCCUAUCGAUAGAGUUGUUUAUAAAAUUGUGUUGGAGUUAGACAAACCAAUUAAAUCAAUCGAAGAAAAUGUUAAGUUUGUUAGAGAAAUAAUUGAAAAUCACGUUGUUGAUGAUAUUAAUGAGACAUCGUUUGCAAUAUUGAAAUCUAUCGACAAUAAUUUAUUGGAAUUAAUUGGAUCUUUAACCGAAUUAAAUAAUAUCUCCGAAACUUCCAUUCAAAAUGUUUCAAAUAAAUUAAAAAAUUUAAUUCCAAAUUUAGAAUUGGUGACUUCUCUUCCUCUUGAUACGAUUUGUUUGGAGUUUUUAAACUCUUCGUUUGUUGAAUUAAAAAGAUCUUCAAUUAACGUCGUUAACAAUUUAAAACAAGUCCCAGUUAUUUUAGAAGUUUCUUCAAUUUUAAACCAAACGAAAAACAAUUUAAUUGAAAUCCAACAAAGUUAUCAAAGCUUAUCUCCUGUUUUGGAAAGAUUAAGCGUGUUUAAAGAUUUAAUGUUAAUCAGUCGCGAAUUGGAAGGAAUUAAUUUAAUUAUUGACGAAUUUUUAGAUAACACUUUUAUUUUAGAAAAUUUCAGCAAAGAAAACAUUUCAAAUAUGACAGAAAUUAAUUCAAUUUUAAUCGAUUUAAAAUUAGUUAAUCAAAAUAUUUUGAAUAUUUCCCAAUUUGACGAUAGCAAAAUUAAUGAUGAAGUAAAUAAAAUAAUUGAGCAAUUAGAUAAUAUCGAGGUUCGUUUAAAUAAAUUUGUAACUCAGCCCAGAAUGAUUGACGAAUUAAAAUUGAACGUUUCAAAUAUUGAUAAAAUUUUAUUGGGUGUUAAAAAUAAGUCGAAAGAUAACCAUGAAAUCAAACAAAUUCAAAGUGAUUUGAGUGUUUUAUUCGAAAAUUUGAUACAAAGUUCAGAGGAGGAUCUUAUUUUAAAGCCGAGCAAAGAAAUUUUAGAAAUAAUUAAGAAGAUGUCAAGUAAGGAAUUGUUUGUUAAGUUAAUAGAGCUUCAGGAACCAAUAAAAAAGUUUAUAGAGACGAAAAAUUAUAAUUCUUUAAGACAAUCAAUUAAUAAUUGCGUUUUUGGCGAUGAUUUAUUAAAAUUAGAUAAAUCUAAAUUGAUUCAAAAUAAUUUAAAGAAUCUUUCUGAAAGUUUGUCCCAAAUAAUUAAUAAAACGAUUCAAGAAAAUGUUGAAAAUAAGAUUUCAAAUAUUUUAUUAGGAUUAGAAAAGUUGUUUUUAACAUCUAAAUUAAUGGCUACAUCUUUUGAAAGUGCUAAAAUUAAUUUACCUUUACUUGGUCUUGAAGAUGUUGUUAACCCAAUAAAUUCGAUCCAUACUACAAUUGGGUUGAUUCAAGAAAAACUUAAAACGGAUAAAAAUAUUUCGGAAAAUUUAUCUGAAAAGUUACUCCGACUUCAAACAGGGAUGAAUUAUUUAGCAACUGCAAUGAAAUCGAGUGUUGAAUUAUUGAAUGAGAAUGUUGUGAGUGUUUCCCAAUUAAUUCCAGCUUUGGAGAAGUAUAACAAUGAAAUCAAUGAAAUCAUUAAAUCGGAAUCGAAAUCAGAAAUUAUAAAUUUCCUCGGAGAUCUUGAAAUGAACGUUAAAGAUUUGUGUGAUAAAUUAAAAUUGGUUGAUUCACGACAAAGUAAGUUAGAAGAAAUACAACCAAUUAUUAAGAGUGGGUUAUGUUUAGAAGAAACAACAAAAGAUGUUAUUGCUAAAGACUUAGAAAAUCAACGAUUAUUUAAUUUAAUCAAAAAUUUAAAUGCACCAUUAAAAGAUUUUAAUAAAUUUACGAAAGAAGAUCUUGAUUUAUUAGAUAAUAAAGAUAUUAAGAAUUUAUCGAGCUUAAUCGAACCGGUUUUAAAAUUAUCAGAAUUUAUUAAAACAUCGUCGAGUACUUUAAAUAGGGAUGAAUUAUUGCUAAAAAUAGUGGCGCUUAAAUCUGCAAUAAGUCCAAUCACAAGAAGUAGUAAAUUUCCUAAGAAAUUAUGUCUUGAAAGGUUGAGGGAAGAAUUAGAGGAAAUUGAAAAAGAAUUAAUUAAUUUUAACACUGUAAUCAAACCCAUUAAGGAGUUAGCAAAUUUAGUUGAAAAUAUCCAAAAUAAUUUGCAAAAAUCAACGCAAGAUAUGCCAUCUCCUCAAAAGGCAAUAAAAAUUGAAAAUCUUGUUGAACCCCUUAAAGAACUCAAAUCAAAUUUAGUGAAUUUAGAAGAAAUUUUGUACGAAGAAAUUGUUCCUAUUGAAGAAAUUAAUAAAAUAGAAUCGAUUAAAUCUACAAUAGAAGAAUUAUCUAAUGAAAAAUUGACUGAAAUGCCUCAAACCAUAAAAGUAUUAAAUCAUCUUAAACAAAGCAUCGAAAAAGUUAAAUUUACUUCAAAUGAGCAACAUUUGCAAAAAGUUGAAGGAAGUCUUCAAAAAUUAUCAGCCACGAUAUCCGAAAUACAAUCAGAGCAUAAAAAAGAAAUCUUAAAAACAGAACCUUUAAAGCUAGAUAUACAACAAUUAAAAGAUUCUUGCGAAAAAUUAUCGAAAAUCGAAAACAUCCAAGUUGAAAGUCAAAAAGUUGUUUUGUCAGUUAUUGGAUUAGAGAAACAAUUAAAAACACUUCACGAAGCGGUUAAACAACUUGAAGAUGUUUACGAUAAAGAAGAAAUAGACGAUAUCUUCCAUGAUGUUUUAACUAAAGUCAACUUGAUGGAUGAGCCAAUAAAGAAAUUCAACUUAUUUAUUUUGAGUUCUAUUUCCCCAGCUGAAGGAGUUGGUGUUUUAAAAAUCGAUAAACCUUCGUUAGGAAAAGCUGUUUCUUCUCUAAAAGAAGAAUUGAGUAAGAGUAAACUUACAGAAAUUGAAACGAAGAAGUUAAAGUUUAUUGAUGUUGCAAUUGAGGUUUUAAAUGCACAACUUAGUGAAAUUGAAGAUGUAUGUAAAGAAGAAAUUGAGUUAAAACGAGUUGGGGAGGAUGAAAUUAAAGAUGUUAAAGCUCAAGAAGAAAAAAUUGAGAUUGUUUCUGAAGAAAUAAAGACGGAGGAAGAUAAAUCAAAAGAAGAUAAAAUUGGAGAAUUAUCUAAAGAAGUUGAUAAAGAAGAAGAAAAAUUAAUAACCCAACAAAGUCUUGGUGAAGAGAUUGAGGCAGAUUCUAAAGAUGAAGUGAAGAAUGCUGCAGAAGAAGCAAAGAUGGAGGAAGAUAAACGAAAAGAGGAUGAAAUUGCGGAACCAUCCAAAGAGAUUGCUAAAGAAGAAGAAAAAUUACUAAGCCAAGUUUCAGAAGAGAAGAUUGAGGUUGCUGCUAAAGAUGAAGUGAAGGAAGCCCCAGAAGAAGCAAAGGCAGAGGAAGUUAAACCUAAAGAAGAAAAACUUGAGGAACCAACCAAAGAGGUUGUCAAGGAAGAAGAGAAAGUAGUACUCCAGCAAGUUUCAGAAGAGAAGGUUGAGGCAGUUUCUAAGGAUGAGGAGAAACAAGUUCAAGAAGAAGCAAAGAUAGAGGAAGAUAAACGAAAAGAGGAGAAAAUUAAGGAACCACCCAAAGAGAUUGCUAAAGAGGAAGAAAAAUUACCAAGCCAAGUUUCAGAAGAGAAGAUUGAGGUUGUUGCUAAAGAUGAAGUGAAGAAAACUCCAGAAGAAGCAAAGACAGAGGAAGUUAAACCUAAAGAAGAAAAACUUGAAGAACCAACCAAAGAGAUAGUCAAGGAAGAAGAAAAAAUAGGAACCCAGCAAGUAUCAGAAGAGAAGAUUGAGACAGUUUCCAAAGAUGAAGAAAAGAAAACUCAAGAAGAAGCAAAGACAGAGGAAGAUAAACCAAAAGAAGACAAAAUUAAAAAACCAUCCAAACAAAUGAAAUAA